AUGGAGGCCAAAAGAUACCAAAGCUUCUUUGAUGGAGACGAUACAGAGAACAAAUGGUCUCAGGUCCCCAGUGAUAUGGAGUACUGCUGCAACACUGAGGAUUCCAGUCUGACGAGCAGUGAAAUCUUGAUGGACAUGGUCAAUGUCAGCUGCUCUGCUGGAAGCCCCACUGCCGACAGCAAAGACAACAACUCUAGCAAACAGGAGCAGCCAACGCUUCAGCUCGGCAGAAACCAGCCAUUUGUCCUCCCACAUUUCAACAACUCCCUGCAUGGUCAUAAGCAGGAAAUGGACUCCAAGGAGCUUUCCAAGACUGUGGCUGAGUCUAUGGGCUUGUACAUGAACGCUGCCAGGGAGGCUGACUAUGCUUUUAGCCAGCAAGGAGGCAACGCAAGUCCUGGGAAGCUUUAUCCAGUUUGUGGACAGCCUCCAGAGGAUAAGCAGUGUGGCUCCACAAAGAGCCCUAAGUUGAAGCCAUUCAAUUUUCAACACCCUAGCACCACUCCUAGAGAAUGCUCCACUGUGGCUCCAGUUAGCUCUGCAUCCAUAUUGGCCUCCUCUCUGUCCUGCAGUCCUAAGACCUCUAGCUCUAUGUCCAGUCCUGGAGGGAGUAACAAUAUGGUGUCAUCUACCACUAGUCCUUCCACAUGUUUUGGACCACAGUGCUCGGCCGUCAGUAGUCCUGUCAGCCAGACCUCAUGUGCUGGAACUCUAGUCAACAUCAAGCGUAGGAAUUCCGUCACAUGUAGCCCUGUAGAGUCCUGCGCGGUUGGCUCACCCCCUCUUACAAGCCCACUAAAUGUCAUGAGGUCCCCCAUGUCCAGCCCGCAGAGCAUGAGCAGUGUGAGGUCCCCUCCAUCCUGCAGCACUACAUGUAACAUUAGGUCAUCUGUGUCGAGCCCCACUGGUGGCAGCUGUACAGGUACCUCCAACAACUGCUGCUCUGUAAGACCCUCAAACUCUAGUCCAACUACAGGGGGCGGCUUGGCUGUCAGUAGCCCACAAAAUCCUUCCUCUGGUGGGUUUUCUGAAUCCAGUCCUGCUGGUGGGCUGGGUUUGGUGCAGAAUGAUAGCAGCAGCCCAGAGGUGCCAGGGCUGACCAGAGACACGGACUUUAAGAACUUUGAGUUCCCUAAAGUUGAGAUGGUAGGUGGGGAAGUGUUCAGCGUCGGCUUAGAUCAGAUGGGCAUGGUUAAGUACAUCAAAAACGAGCCCGAAAGCGACUUCAGGAGCAUGUGUUUAGGCAGCUCCAAAUGUAAUGCAAGUAGCACACCGUAUAUUACACAGAUUAAGAGUGAACCAAACAAAGGGGAAGGAUGUAUGAAUCAACAGUCCUACGAUGAGCAAUCGCCAUCCAUUGAUCUCUUCCCUACGUCUGAUACCACAUAUCUCUCCUUGAGGAAUAACAUCGAUGAAUACAAUCUCUCUGGGAUUUUAGGACCCCCUGUGUCCUCAAUGAAUGGAAGCUACGAGCCUGACAUGUUCUCCAGCAACGUCCUGUCGAAAGGGGUUAAGCAAGAGUCAACUGAUGGCAGCUAUUUCCAAGAGAACAACACCAUGCCCACAUCCGCCAUUGUUGGAGUUAAUUCUACCGGACACUCGUUCCAUUACCAGAUUGGAGCCCAAGGAACGAUGUCAUUCACUCGGCAUGAUGUGAGGGACCAGUCCAACCCUUUGUUGAAUCUAAUUUCACCUGUAACGGCGUUGAUGGAGUCGUGGAAAUCUCGACCAGGCAUGCCACACGGGUCACUUUCAGCCAGAGGUGAAGGAUAUCCAGGUCAAAACUGCAUUGGUGACAACAUGUCGAGCUCAUCACUGAGACAACCUUCCUCAACGGCCAAAGUUUGCCUGGUUUGUGGAGACGAGGCUUCAGGGUGCCACUACGGUGUUGUGACAUGUGGGAGCUGCAAAGUCUUCUUCAAAAGAGCUGUGGAAGGUCAGCACAACUACCUGUGUGCCGGAAGAAAUGACUGUAUCAUUGACAAGAUCAGAAGGAAAAACUGCCCAGCUUGUCGUGUACGGAAGUGUCUCCAGGCUGGGAUGAACCUUGGAGCGCGCAAGUCUAAGAAGUUGAAGCUAAAGGGAGUCACUGAAGACCUGCAGAACUCUAAGGAUGGCCAAACUGCCACAGGUGGCGUUGGAGGCAGUUACCUGACCUCGGAGAAGGAGCUAAAUUCCAGUGCUGCCAAUGCCCUAGUGCCCCGCGGGCCUGGGGUGGUCACACCUUUUCUGUCGCCCUCCAUCUGCAGCGUGUUGGAGCUCAUUGAGCCUGAAGAGGUGUACUCUGGCUAUGACAACACACUGCCUGACACAACUGACCACUUGCUGUCCAGUCUCAACCGCCUGGCUGGAAAGCAGAUGGUACGCAUGGUGAAGUGGGCCAAAGUACUUCCAGGCUUCCGGGGCCUGCCCAUAGAGGACCAAAUCACCCUGAUCCAGUACUCGUGGAUGUGUUUGUCCUCCUUUUGCCUCAGCUGGCGCUCCUACAAACACACAAAUGGACAGAUGCUCUACUUUGCCCCUGACCUCGUCUUUAAUGAGGAUCGAAUGAGACAGUCAGCCAUGUAUGACCUCUGUCUCGGCAUGAGGCAAGUGAGUCAAGAGUUUGUUCGAUUGCAGCUGACGUACGAUGAGUUCCUCUCAAUGAAAGUCCUUCUACUUCUCAGCACAGUUCCCAAAGAGGGUCUGAAGAACCAGGCGGCGUUCGAGGAGAUGAGGGUUAAUUACAUUAAGGAGCUCAGGCGUUCGGUGGGAAAAGCAACCAACAACUCCGGCCAAACCUGGCAGCGCUUCUUUCAGCUCACCAAGCUGCUGGACGCCAUGCAUGAUCUGGUGGGGAAUUUGUUGGACUUCUGUUUCUACACCUUUCGAGAGUCCCAGGCCUUGAAGGUGGAGUUUCCCGAAAUGCUAGUGGAGAUCAUCAGUGACCAGAUACCAAAGGUGGAAUCGGGGCUCACUCACACAAUCUACUUCCACAAGAAGUGAGUUAUCCACACUAGGCGGGACAGAGCGCCGUUGAAAACUGGAACAAAAGGGGAAGAAGUUCAGAGAAGGGAAGAGGCGCAAGGAAGGCCGGAUCCAUUGGCCUGCAACCUAACCGUUCUCGGUAUGCCAGCACGCUCGUUUGGGAUGGAACAUUUCAAUGACGCAAAGGCAAAAAAACCCUAAAAACUAAGUACAGAAACUUGAAAAAUUGAGGGGAGGUGGAUCGUAUUCUGCUGUCAGCAGAGUCUGUCAGAGGCAUGAAGGACUUACGUGAUGACGCAUACUGGAGAAUCCCUGCCCCAAAGACGAUGACGGUGUUUUCUAUGGAGACAAAGCCAUACAUUUCCUAGAAUGCAUUGGAAAACAUGGGUUACAAACACAGUAGAGGGCGGUUAACACUGUAGUUCACAAACACAGAUGCAGCAUUAAACUUAAAAAAAAAACAAAUAAAGGUUUUUUUUUCUUUGCAAAUCUUUACUCCGGUUUAUGCAGUCUCUUAUAAAUGCAGUUGAAGCCAGAAGUUACAUGCAGUUUCUAUAUUUUUUAAAAUCUCUCCAUAAUUACCAAUAAAAUUAUAGAUUUUUUUUAUUUUAUCGUUUUAUAUUUUUUAUUAUUUAAAAGUUGUUGAUCUUUAUGUCAGUUUAAGCAAGUCGCAGCUUCCACGACAUGAUAAAAACCCUUAAAGCUUCUAAAUUGAACUCUAUCAGAGUGAAUAUUUUACUUCUAAAAGCCCCAGUAAAGCAUGGAGGGGAGAGUAUUAUGAUGUGGGCAGGGAGGGCUCUAAACUCCUUUGAUAUUCUUCCAUUCGUCUUAUUUUUUUUUCAAUACAUAAAAAACUUUUGAAGAAUUUUUUUUUUUUUUCUAAACUGCGUGUAAACUCCUGGUUUAAUAAAGCCAAUCAAGGGCUGAGCGAUAAAACGAUAACAAUAUAUAUCACAAUAGAACUUUUUCUUUAUAGAAGAAUAAGUCUAUCGCAAUAGACUUUUAUUUUGAAGGGUCCAUCACCCUGACUGUCACUUCUGUGUAACGUUUAGUUUUGGCUGACGAAGCUGCGAAACAUUUGGCAAUUUUUAACGGGAUCCAGUCAGAACUGAAAGACAAACCCGCUGGACUCAGCAGCAACAGAAAAUUUAAUAAAAAGUGUUGUAUUAGUAUUUAAAUCUAAACAACCUACUGAUGAUUCUACAUUUCUAUUUUGAGCUGCACUUCAAAUUCGACAAAUAUAGUUGGUUUAUAUUGUGAUAUAUAUCGUUAUCGCCCAAAAUGAUUCCAUGUCGUUCAGCCCUAAGCCACUCCUAAGAUUCACAUUGCAGUGUUAGCUAAACAAGUACACGGGAAAGGCCUUCACGAGGACGCACAGGAGUUUUCAAAUGCACGGCAUUAAUUGAAGAUAUCCAAAGGGCUAUCGACAUAAGCUGAUUAAUAUCAAUAAAACCCAACAAGUCUGAAUCUUAGUCUGUAUCUAAACACCCCGGACAUUUACAUGACAAAAAAAACAAACUUUAGGUCAAAAAUAUGUAAUGAAACAAUCAAAUCUAAUAUGCAAAAGUCCAAAGCUUCAGCUGUCUGAUGACUAUGUCUCACCAGUGUUGUCAUGGAGGAACUUUUUGGGUUCCCAAUUGAAACGGAAGUAAUGCAAGAUUUUACCUUUGUGCUGAAAAUAAACAAGAAAACAGAUUAGUGAGAAGUGCUGCGUAAUAGAAAUAAUGCAUUUAUGGGAAAUGAUUUCAAUAAUUGUGUGCUGGUAAUGGAUUUGACUGAGGUGCAUCCAUAAUAAUAGCUGUCAUUUGUGUUAUCACCAGAGCAGCUGUCCAAAUGUCUGUUUUUACUCACAAUGAAGCGAAACCAGCCCUUUGUGAACCAUCACUUAUCUACUCUUCCCAGAAAGAAGAAGAAAGAAAACCUUUUUAAUUUUUUUAUAUAAAGCUGCAUUGCAAACGUUUCAUUUUUGACAAAGCUCGCCAUUCUACAUUAAGGUGCUUCAUUUCUACAAAGCCAGGCAAGACUUUAACAUGUACAGCAACUUGUAGACAGCCUAUACAGAACACUAUAAGGACAUCCCAGUUAAACACACAUACUCUGUAAAUUUGACAUUAUCGAAGAGGAACAUUACUCUGCAGUGCUUACGACAAACGUGUACAGUGGAUCGCUUCUUACACACACCCUAUACAGCUGUUGUACAGAUGAUGUUUUGAGGUACCGAAUGCUUGAUGAAGAACAGAUAUUAUGUUGAUGUGGUCACGUUUCCUAACUUGCUUUGUCAGUUUUAUUCUUUUUUUGGCCAAGUUUUUGAGUUUAACUGGCCUAGUCUUCUGGACCAUUACCUUUUCUUACACCCAACUGGUUUCUGAAUGGUUGCGAUAAGCUAACAUGAUGCUACUGAGAGGGAAACGAGUGUGCAGAGAGGAGGAGAGGUGUGAUUAAUAUUCGUUGUGAAUGUGUGUGUUUUUUUUUUCUAUCCUGGCAAGCAUGUGAACAGUUCAUCUGCUCUUUCAGCGUGGGGAUUCUGCAUAGACGCUUUAGGUUUUAGCCAUAUCCUCUUCCCACUUUUAGAUUUUGCACAGAGGAGAAACAAUGUGAAAACAAGCCAUUAGUGCAGCUAGCAGAAGUUCUCUGUUCCUUUUAAGCGACUGUGAUCUCUUUUUCUUUUCGGGGGGGUUGCUAAUGCAUGGUCGCCCAGCCUAAAGUUAGACAGCAGCGUGUUCUUGUGGCCUGAGCUCUCCCAAUACUGCAGCAGAAUCGGUCUAGUCUCUGUUUGGGACGGCUCACUUAGAGGGCUGCACAAAUAUUUAGAAGCUUUAGAAAAAAAAUUGCUUGUUUGUUACCAAAAAAAAAAUGGCGGGUGUAGGAGAUAUUAACUUGUCAUCCUAAAACAAAAAAAUCAUUUUUUGGGACGAGCAUUAAGCCUUUUAGCAGUCUAGUUCUAAAUGUUAGGAAGCUCUCUAAAACAGCAUCACUACUCUUUGUCAUUACAAUAUCAUCCUUAAAAAGUCACUCAUUCACACCAUUGCAAUAAUUUUCCCAUCAGAAAAGUCUCAUUUUUAUUUUUAUUUUUUUUUAUUUUAAAGAAAAUCUGUCGGUUCAUAGGAUGAGUGGGAAAGUAUUUUUGAGAGAAUUAUAUUUUGCUGGAAAACAAUAUUUAAGUACUUUGUCUAUAAAUGAUAUCCUUUUUGUAAAAUUAAAUAUAUUGCAUGCUUUUGAUGAGAUGUUUACAUUGUAUUUAAAAAAAGGGAAAUUUGUGCCUUUUUAUCUCACCUGAUUUACAAUUUUACAGUAUAUAUAUAUUGUAAAUAAUACAAUAAAGCAAGUCUUUAUGUUGA